UGAUUGCAUUCUACCGCAAGAAAGUGGCUCUUAUUCUUUUGCCAAAAAACAAAACAUAUUUUCAAAAUCAUACGGAGAGAUAUGAGAGAUAGGUAAGAUACGAAACCCUAGUGAGAGAAGCUCUGGCCUUCGUGUGAGAUGCCCGAUCCCCCUCCUAGGGUGGCUCCGCCACUGUCAAUUCCACCGGUGAAUAAUGUACGGAAGAAUAAAACUUUUGCAGAAGUGCUGGUUGAUCGCUCAGACCCUCCUCUUUCCGUGAAGACACCACACCUAUGCGAUAUAAAGGAUUACCAGCUAUUAACUUCCCUGAAGAGGAAAUUCGCACCUUGGCUGAUCAUCAUAAACGUGUAUUGGUUGGUUAUUUUUAUAAAAGCCAUCCUAGUUUAACGGUUAUUCGCAAAUCCUUUGAGAUAAUUGGCUUUUCAGGAACUUUUCAUCUUGGACUGAUUGAUCUUAAACAUAUUAUUAUUCGCUUUGAAUCUGAUGAUGAUUUCUUUAGAUGUUGGAACAAACAAUCGUGGUCUAUUCGGGGUAGUAUUAUGUGUGUCACUAAAUGGACACCGGAGUUUCGUCUUAAUGUCGAGUCUCCGAUUGUCCGUGUUUGGAUUGGUUUUGAAGGCCUGCCCCUCCAUCUCCAGGACAAAAGGGCUCUGUUUGAAAUUGCAGGGCUUAUUGGUAAACCCCUUAAGAUGGACGCUGCCACGGCCAGACUCUCUCGUCCAUCUGUUGCACGAGUGUGUGUUGAAAUUGAUCUUACACACGAGCUUCCACAGAAAAUUUGGAUCCAAUUUGGAUCAACAGGCUUUUUUAAGUCAGUCACUUACAAGGAUAAGCCUGAUUACUGCAAUCUAUGUCUUCAUUUAGGGAAUUCAGCUGCGAAAUGCCCCAAAAAGAAUAAUAAUCAUGCUGUUAUGCAGUCUACUGAUACAACAAAAGCUGCAGGUCCUCUUAAUUUAGCAACUGGGAAAGGGAAAUGGGUUGCUAAACAGCCACAGCAAUUACAAAUUACAAAUGGAGAGACUGAAAAUACUUUUAAAAAGGUGACAGACCCAUCUUCUUCCAAGCAAAGGGGGUUAGAUGCCUCCUCCAGGAUCCUGAGUUAAUUUACCAUGACCCGGAACCUGAGCCAAUUCUGACUGGGAAAAUGCAGUUCAAAAUGAGGAGAAUACACAGGUUACAUGGCUAAUAGCUGAACUAUCUGGCAUCAACAAUACCAAACCCGUUGGGCCUCUAAUUGAUGAUUCUCAGCUGCAAAUGCUUAAUGAGGAAUUGGAAUUUGACCAAGAUCUAGCCUGCAAAGAUUACUCAUCAGACAAUGGGAACCCUAAAACCAUAGAGGACACUAAAUGUUGGAAAGAAGACCUUCCCAAUAUCAGAAAAAAGGUUCAAUUCAUUGUUCAACAAAAGGAGUUACAUGAUGCCAACAAAGAGAGCAGAAAUAAUAAUAAUACACAAGAAGAAGCUGGUUUCAUUGUGGUUAGAAUAAAAGGUUUUAAGCAAAAAAAAAACUACAGAAGCAACCUCAAUGAUAACCAGAACUGCUGCUAAAAAACUUGCCAAUGCCAACAAAACCCAACAGAUUACAGCUUUAGAGCUCUCACAAGCUACCUCCCCUACAUGUUCUCAAUGAAUUGUCUAUUCUGGAAUUUAAGAGGGAUAGAAGGUGCUGCUUCUAGGUUAUUCUCUCUAAUUCAACUUAGGAAUAUUCAGUUACUUGUGGUUAUUGAACCUAUUGUACAUAUUAAUAAAGCUGAGCAUUAUAUGAGGCAACUGGGAUUUAAUCAGGUUCUUGCUUUUGAGGUGAAUAAGGUCUGGAUUUUUUGGAAUGAUUCUCAGUUCCAAGUUGAUAUGAUUGAAUGUCAUUCUCAAUUAUCACACAUUAAAGUUAAGUCAGUUAUUUUUUAUGGUUAUAUCACUGCCAUUUAUGGCAAUCAUAACUACAUUCAAAGGAGAAUAUUGUGGGACAGUUUAAAGCUUUUUUCUACUCAAAUCAAGACUUCAUGGAUUGUGGGUGGAGAUUUUAAUUGUAUUACAUCCCACUCUGAACAUUUUGGUCACUCUAUACCUCACUUGAGUAGUGUGAUGGAUUUUUUUAAUUGUAUUGCUGAUUGUAAUCUGAUUGAUCUUCCUUUUAGUGGUACUAAAUUUACUUGGAUUGGUGUUAGAUCAAAUGACAGGCUUUGGAGGAGACUUGACAGGGUUUUAUUUAAUGAUAAGUGUGUGGAUUUCUUUGAUCA